AUGGUUUGCCGCAAGAAAUCGUUUGAAUGGUGACCCUACUGCAAAUCAGUUGUAAAUUCAACCCGAUUAUUUAGCUUUGCUGUGUAAAUUUUUGUGCGUUCGCUCACUGUGAAAACAAUUCGCUACGUCCUGCCGGUGCUGGCAAUCAAAGAACGUUGUUGAAUCAUGCAAGAUCUUAUUUACUUGAGGAACAGAUCGAGGAUUUUAUCAAAUGGAAAGAAGCAUUCUUUCAGGUCUACAAAUCGAAGCAAUAUUUGGUGAUCAGCAGUUUCAGCACAGCGAUAUCAUUCCUUUCUCCAAGAAUGAAGAAUGUGCCAUGAAGAAAAUUAGAAGAAAGCUCAAAAAUAAGAUAUCUGCACAGGAAAGUAGAAAAAGAAAAAAACAACAUCUAGAAAAUCUGGAGACCAGAGUUCGUUUGUUGGAAAUUGAAAAUGCAAAUUUAAAGAAAAAUUUAGAAGAAAAAGGAAAGUCUAUAAGGCGAUUUCUGCAUCAUCGAAGGUGGAAAGAGUCGAAAGUCUCAAAUGACAUAUCUGUAUGUGACGUAAUUGAUGGGAAAAGGUCGUAUCGGAGUAUUGCAACACAAACAGGAACGUGCUUGAAAUGUUAUUUAGAAAAAACAUUGUACAAGCAAGACGGAGAUGAUAUUUUCAAAGUGAAAACAGGGGAUGAUGGGAAAGUGAUAAUUCAAACAAUAACAGUUGGUGGUAUGAAAAAUGAGAGCGACAAUCACAUACAUCUACCUGAAUUAGUUGGCCCUUUAUGUAAAUUUUAAAACAAUUUUAAUAACAGAGCUUUACUUCAGAAAAGAACUAUAAAAAAUCAUAGUAAUGAAUACUUUCUCAAACAUCGUAAAAAUAUUAAGAUAAACAAAUCGGCAACAGCUGAAGCUUAUUCUUUUUCCAUGCCAUGAUUCAAAUUCGAAAAUUUCUGUGUGGAACUUUAAUUUUAAUAGAAUUAUUAAAAAUUGAAUAUACUAUGUCCACUGAUAGGUUCCGAAAAUCUCAGUAACCUAUUAAAAUUGUUUUCAUGGUA